AUGCUGAUGCAGGUCCACCUCCUCCUGCUGCUGCUGCUGCUCCUGGGGGGGCCGAGAACAGGCCUCUCCCAAAAGCUCUGCAAAGCUGAGCCCUUCUUCAGCUGCCUCAAUGCAGCCCUGUCAGAAGCCAAGAAGAGCCAGCCGGGUGAUGCGCCCCUGCUGAGCAAGAGAACCUUCCACUACAUGCCAAGCCAAGACCCAUCUUCAGGACAGGAUGAGGAGGAGAGGGAGGGGGAGGAGAAACAGGACAAGGACAAAAAGGCUUUCCCUGGCUCUAGGGGUGAGAACGGAGCUGGGAGCACCCGGUACAAAUACCUGUCCCAAGCCCAGCUCAGGGGGAAGCCGUAUCAGGACAAGGCCAAGAGUGACCGGCGCACCAAGCUCACUCUAUCCCUAGAUGUGCCCACCAACAUCAUGAACAUCCUCUUCAACAUCGCCAAGGCCAAGAACUUGCGGGCCAAGGCAGCUGCCAAUGCCCACCUGAUGGCGCAGAUUGGGCGGAAGAAGUAG